CAACGAGCCCCGGGUUCCGGUGAGUGCGCCGCCGCGCUGCUGAACCUCGGGUCCGGGCGGGCCGGCACCGCUGACUAGCAGCGGACCCCGAGGGAGUCCGCCGAAGUUCCACAGCUGCCAUGGCCGAUAAAGCGGCCGAGCCGGCCAUCGGCAUCGAUCUGGGCACCACCUACUCGUGCGUGGGCAUCUUCCAGCACGGUAAAGUUGAGAUCAUCGCUAACGACCAGGGCAACCGGACGACUCCCAGCUACGUCGCCUUCACUGAGACGGAGCGACUCAUCGGCGACCCGGCCAAGGCACAGGUGGCCCUGAACCCGGAGAACACCGUGUUCGGCUCCAAGCGACUCAUCGGGCGCACCUUCGACGACCCCAAGCUUCAGGAAGACCUCAAGCACUUGCCCUUCAAAGUCAUCAACGACAACAAUGCGCCCAAGAUCGUGGUAACGUACAAGGGUGAGGAGAAGACCUUCAACCCGGAGGAGAUAUCGGCCAUGAUUCUUACCAAGAUGCGAGAGGUGGCCGAGGCCUACCUCGGUCAGAAGAUCACUCUCGCCUGCGUCACCGUGCCGGCCUACUUCAACGACUCGCAGCGUCAGGCAACCAAGGACGCCAGCACGAUCGCCGGUUUGCAGGUGCCCAAGAUACUCAACGAACCGACGGCCGCUGCACUGGCCUACGGCCUGGACAAGGUAACUAGCGGCGAGAAGCUCGUCCUCAUUGUCGACCUCGGCGGUGGCACGUUCGACGUGUCCCUUCUGUCCAUCAAGAACUCGCAGACGUUUGACGUGCUUGCGACGGCGGGAGACACGCACCUUGGGGGCGAAGACUUCGACAGCCGCCUGGUGGACUACUUCAUCGCCGAGAUCAAGCGUAAGUUCAGCGUGGACAUCUCCGACAGGCCGCGCGCCGUGCGCCGACUGCGCACCGCGGCCGAGCGGGCCAAACGCAUCCUCUCCUCAACCGCGGAGACUAGUAUCGAGAUAGACGCUCUCUUCGACGGCACCGACUUCUACACCAAGAUCACGCGCGCCCGGUUCGAGGAGCUGUGCCUGGACCUCUUCAAGGUCAUCCUGGGACCGAUCCAGAGGGCGCUGGACGACUCCAAGAUAGACAAGACGAAGAUAGACGACAUCGUCCUGGUGGGAGGAUCGACGCGCAUUCCCCGAGUCCAGAAGCUCGUCAAGGAGUUCUUCAACGACAAGGAGCCGUGUUUCAACAUCAACCCAGACGAGGCGAUCGCCUACGGGGCGGCCGUCAGCGCCGCCCUGUCGGCCGGCACCAAGGACGAGACCAUCAAGGACGUCAAGCUUCUGGACGUGGCGCCGCUGUCCCUAGGCAUUGAGACGGCGGGUGGCGUCAUGACCAAGAUCAUCAACCGCAACACCAAGGUGCCGUGCAAGACUUCCAAGCCGUUUACGACCUACUCCGACAACCAGACCGGAGUCACCAUCCAGGUCUACGAAGGGGAGCGUACCAUGACCAAGGACAACCACCACCUGGGUCGUUUCGAGCUGACCGGCAUACCGCCAGCUCCGCGGGGCGUGCCCAAGAUCGAGGUCACCUUCGAUAUCGACCACAACGGCAUCCUCAACGUGUCGGCCAGGGACGAGAGCACGGGGCACGCGCAGUCCAUUUGUAUAACUAACGAGAAAGGUCGGCUUUCUGACGCCGAGAUUGAGCGCAUGCUGAAGGAGGCAGAGUUGUACCGGUUGGAGGACAUCGCGCAGAGGGAGCGGGUCGCCUCGAAGAACUCACUCCAGAGCUACGUGUUCAGCGUACAGCAGGCCAUCAAGGAAGUUGUUAGCGACAAGAUCUCGAGCGAAGAGAAGGAGAAAGUUCUGGGCAAGUGCAAGGAGGCCAACGAGUGGCUCGAGGACAACCAGAACUCGGCUGCGGCGGACAUACAGGCGAAGCUAAAGGAAGUUCAGGAGGUCUGCUCGCCACUCAUGAUCAAAAUGCACAUGGGCUGAGGGAACGGCU